AUGGCAGCGUCGGGAGGGACUACGCACGCAACUACCUCUGUGCCCGAUGACACACGAGUCCACGGCGCAACCUCAGAUCUGCGCAAGCGCGUCGCCAUUCCGAAAAUCCUAGGUGUGUUUCCGAAGUCCGCGAAGAGGAGCACUCGCAGUAUCACGUCUCUUCUGGAGGGCUCUACCGAAGACGACACUUCCGAGUGUGCACCGUAUCAGGGUCCGCCGAUAGGCUAUUCGAGUGUCGAUGUCGUGCACGAAGAUGGCUACAAGGAGACCGUUGGAAGUUUGUAUGCUCCGCGGCCACGUUUCGGAACAGUUGACUGCAGGAGAAGGGUUUGCGGACAUUGCUUUAGAGUGCAGGACCAGCCUCAGUUUGAAUCUAUCGAUAACUACAGGUCCGACCACCCCCCUCCUUGGUCGUUCAAGACAAGGCCGACCACUUCAAGCUUCACCCACCCGCUCCACCACCUAGGCUACCUACACUUCCCCACUCGGCUGCCACCACUUUCGGAUCUAGCCACGGCAACAAUACCAGCAGCACCAGUUUCAGCACCUUCAGCACCCCCACAAACCCCUCAACAUCAUCACCACCACAAGAUCAACAGCCUCUCCGCCACAGCUCCAACAUUCAUCCCAUCCUCUUCCACGGCCUCCUCCACGCCCUCCACAGCAGAACUCAAAGCCCAACUCGCCGCCCGCGAAGCCGCCGCAAAAGCCAUCAUCGCCGCGGUCCACGACAACACUCCGCCAUCGGACUCCAGAUCUACUGUUCCAACCGGUCCAGCAAAUCCAACCUACGGUUCACGCUUCAACCACUCCACCGGCCUCGUUUUUGGACCAAAGUCUAUUGAUCUGAGAUCUCCGGCUCAGAAAUCGAAUGAUAGGAAGAAUAGGACGAGAAUCGAGGGUCUAGGUAGUGGCGGCAAGGCUCCGCCUACGGCCCCAGCUGCAAUGAGGGAGGUUUCGGCUGCUUCUUCGCCUUCGAUCGAUGGCGGAGGAUUUGUUGCUGUCGGGUCGCCACUGCUUUCUGGUGAAGCUUCACCGAGGAUUGGUGUUGGAGGAGGAGGUGAGAGUGGAAGUGGGAAGAAGCCGCGCGGGGCCAGAGGUAAGCGGGUAUGGAAACGUGAGGUUGAGGUAGAGCGUCAGGAGUUUUGGAUGAGGUGA